UGCAGGUCAUCGGGUCCAUCGCUACCUACUCUACGUGUCGUUUACGGAAGAAUCAGGAACCCCCGGCCCGGGCGAAUAUUACAGACACUGGUCUGCUCGUUUUAGGAAUAUAGUCCGCUGUGUCCGACUACGUUUAUCUUCUGAAAUCUACGCUCGAUUAUGUGCAUCAUCUCCUACUAGUGUUUACAGUUACUUUAUUAUAUAUCUUACUUCACCCAUUGGAACUCUAAAAGUUUUGCACCAGCAUAGGCUCCCCCUCAAUGCUUCUUCAGAUCAGUCGAUUAUUCAACUUUGGGAGCGCAAGCAAGAUGUACAGCUGUCUCGGCCUCACAUUGAUUUAAUGGACCGCUGGUCUUCGGAUGGAGACAGCGCAUCAUCGUCUUCUUCGGCGUCUCCUGUCGAAUUUUCUCAUUCCUUUGAGGCCACUUUACCGCGAGAUUCCGCGAUUCUCUGCUUUUCACCCACCGGGGAUAAUCUUUUGAAACAAGCUCGUAUUUUCACGAACGAGGAGCUAAUUGAUCAAGCAAUCUAUCGUUGGCAGUCCUACAUUGGCUCCUGUUCCGAAGCCUUUGAUGUGCUUAGACAGCAGCUAGUUGCCGCCUACAUCCCUUAUGCUUUGGAGCAACACCGCCGUUCCCAGUCUACGUCUCGCGCUUUGGUGUACAGUAUUGUCGAGAACAUAUUUGAUAUCAAAGCAAAAUCCGGCCAAGGGAGAAGAGCUUUACGCAACAUGCUACGGCAUUCUGUUCGGACUGCAAAUCAACGCCACUUGACAUGUGUUUCAAAAUUUGCUAUUGUCAGCAACAACCUCGCCAAGUGGCGCAAGUCUUGCUCCGAUCAACGUUGUCGCUUUCGAGACCCUACAACCACAACUUGGGAAAAACCUUGUGGUAACUUGUGUCUUCCAUUGCUGCCCGUUUGUGCUUAUCACUUGGUCCAGUUGAAUCCUGCUCCUACGUUGCACGGAGAGUGCCUUCAAAACGAUGCGCAUAAUUAUUCAUGUUCCACCACUGUAGAACGCAUGUCCAAUGUUGAACCCGCCUCUUCACUUUCGCCGGAAUCGGUCAAGACUGGUACCACUUCUACCGGGGGUGAUUCUGCUAAAAGCGCCACGGACAGAUCUCAACCACUAACGCGGAGCACGAGAAGUGUCAAAACUGGCCACGUAGAGGCUGUUACCACAAAUUCUUGUACCUCUGGUGCCUCCACCACCUUACAACUUCCUAUCCAGGCCUCCUAUCUGUGGAUGCGCUGUGCAAUUACCCAAGGGCAACAUAAUUUUCCGGCCAUUUUAGCUUAGCUCCUUGUCCCAUUUGAGGGCCCACUCGGUGGGAGGGUUCUUUCGUCAUCCGCGUGUUCUUGUUAGCUCUUUCCUUCUUCGUCGCUGUGGUGGAACCUGUGGGCAAAGUUGUGAUGAACCCGUCGUCGCGUGGUCCUCUGCAACUCGUUGCCGACGUCACUUAUUCUCCGGCUUAGUAUCGUGCACUACCCCAUGGUGUUCCGGCUGCCGGCACACUAAUAACACAUCCGUUUGCAACGAUGUGUCCACUGCGCGUACCAGACCAAACUUAUCCGAAAGCAUUCGAUUAAGUCUUCAACCAGCCAUGAAGCCCAAGCUAGAGGGCCGUUGAGAAGAUAACUUUCCUAUCAUUGAUCUAAUUGUCCUGUUCCUUAUAACACAUUCACUCAUUAAUGCUUUUUUAACGUGUAUGCAUCACUGAUUGUUUCCUACUCUCCCAUUGUCUCCAAAAUUAGGUUAGAGAUAGUCCACAAUUCAAGUUUGGUUCAUUUAAUGUGAUGCAGUGGAGGCAGUUAUCUUGAUUUCUGUCAUCAGAUGAUCUAAUGAAGAAUCAAAUGCAAGGUAGCGAAAACAAGAGUACCACCGAACUCGUGACUGCGUCAUUUUCCACAACGUUUCCAAUCAUUGAUAUGGUUGACAUGUACCAAUUUUUGUUUGCCUACCUGUCAGUCUCUCUUUCUCCGCAAUUUCACUAACUACCCAUCUCUGGGUUUUGAUCCGUUGCGCUCCUUAGUCAGUUACAAUACCUAAAGAUGCAGACAUGCGACACUUUGAUUUCAACUGACGAUUCGAAGCGAUCUGUCCCAAAUGACUAACUUCUGUAUCCGAAAUGAUUUGAAACACUGGUAGCCCAGGUUGGUUGUUCAUCUGUUGAUUG